UACAUAAAUUCAACACCAGGGCAAUUUCAAUAUAAACACAACUUUUGAACAACAAUGUCAGGAAAUGAAAUGAAACACGAUUGUGUCGAAGCAACUUUGUCUCUGUAUCAAAAAAUAACCCUUGACUGUAAUUACAUUUUACAAAUUGUUUGGCAAAUAUAUUGAAAUAUUUCUGUUCAAUUAAAAAUUGAAAAAAAAAGUUAAAAUCAUUUUCAAAUUUUGCCGUCAAAUAUAUAUUCGUGUAGAUCGUUCUAAAAUAAGAAAAACAUUUUAGGCUAUUUGGUAUAAAUUUUAAAACCUCAGCCCGAUGAAGCCCAAGCGACUCGCAUGACGUAUAAAACCCGGAUUCAAAAAGUAACUGUCAGUGUGCCUUGAAAUUGGUGAGAAACGUGACUAAAAAAGCAGAGAAAGUACAAAAAGGAAGCUUUUCUUACCGAAAAACCUGCGACGAAUUGAAAACAACAGGAGCCAUAUUGUUUGCCUUCAUGAACCUACCAGCGGUUUCACUGUGUACACUUCUAACGACGCUCUAGCGCACCGAGAAUCUUCAAAUUUUAUUACGGAAUUUCACGACGGAAAAAUUAAAUUAAUACCACAAUGUACCUUUUUCUAGUGUUUUAUUGAUUUCUGGCAAGUGAUAUGAGGCAGAGUGGUCAUGAUGUACGGCAGUCUGGCAGUGGUGGAAGAUAUUUAAUUUGCGGGUACCCAGUUAAAAGACAUCAAAAUCCCACCAAAUGCAGUCACCUCACUGCUAUUAGAGAAACAUGCUGAGUAUAUUGCAGCUUAUGGAAAUAAGAAAGAUGAUUAUGAAUACUGUAUAACUGAAUACCUUCGUAUGAGUGGUGUUUACUGGGGCUUGACCACAAUGGAUCUGAUUGGGAAAAUUGAGAUGAUGAAAAAAGAAGAAAUUAUUGAGUUUGUCAAAUCAUGUCAACACCAGGAUGGGGGAUUUGGUGCGAGUGUAAAUCACGACUCUAGCUUACUUUAUACAUUAAGUGCUAUUCAGAUUCUUGUAAUCUACAAUUGUGUUGAAGUCAUUGAUGUUGAGAAUGUUGUCAAAUAUAUUUCCAGCCUGCAGAAAGAAGAUGGGUCUUUUGCUGGGGAUAUAUGGGGCGAAAUCGACACGAGAUUUUCAUUUUGUGCAGUAGCUGCUCUUUGUCUUUUGGAACGGUUAGAUGCAGUAAAUAUUGACAAAGCUGUUGACUAUGUUGUAUCCUGUAUGAACUUUGAUGGAGGUUUCGGUUGUCGUCCGGGGUCAGAGUCCCAUUCAGGACAGAUUUACUGCUGUCUUGGUGUUUUAGCCAUUACUCACCGUUUGUAUCAUGUGAAUGUUGAUAUGUUAGGAUGGUGGUUAUGUGAAAGGCAAUUGGCCUCAGGCGGUCUCAAUGGUCGGCCUGAGAAAUUACCUGAUGUUUGUUAUUCAUGGUGGGUGUUGGCCUCUUUAAAAAUUAUUGGAAAAAUUCAUUGGAUUAACAAGGAAAAGUUGGUAGAGUUCAUUCUCGCUUGUCAGGAUGAUGAAACAGGUGGUUUUGCGGAUAGACCAGGAGAUAUGGUUGAUCCAUUUCAUACACUAUUUGGCAUAGCAGGUCUAUCUCUGUUGGGAUAUGGUGAUAUCAAAGAAGUGAAUCCAGUAUUUUGUAUGCCAGAAAACGUUAUAAGAAAACUAAAAUAUAAGCCAGAGAUUCUCUAACCAAGUUAUCAAUGAAAUAUGAACAAAUUAUAUAUUUACGACUUCCGACAUCUUUUCUAAAAUAAAUUAAUACAUAAGGAACUAUCAAGGGACUAUUUAUUCACAAAUUCAU